UAUUUGUAGGUUAUAUUUUACUAUCGACUAUACAAUCAGUUUGCACUAAACUUAUAAAACAUAUCUAUUUCAAGACAAUAUCAGACUAAAACUAUGGAAUCAUUAUUCGGUACGGAGCCACUGGAAGACUUCAAAUCGGUGUCACAAGAUAUGUUCAAUCACUUAUAUGGGAAUACCGAAAACAUAACAGCUAUCAACUCUACCAUUACAGCAGCUACACAAGAAUUGAAACAAUUAAUAAUACAAUGCAAUUUUGAUCUGGAUCAAGUUGCAGCAGUGAUUAAAACAAAAUCGUGGGACAAAAAUAAAAUACAGCAUUUCUUAACCUUGCUACAAGCAAAAAGAACUGAUUUGCUGUAUUCAUUACUCACACACAGCAACAGCAGUCAUGGAGAAUCAUUAUCAAACUUCAACUGGGUUUUGAAGUUAGUCCUCGGCAGCAGUGAACUGAAGUCAUUAAAGUAUCCUCUCGUGCAGUUGAUGCUGCACACAGACACACCUCAAGGCAAUAAAAGGCAGAGAAUGUAUGAGUUGAAUAAGGAAGCACUGGCUAAGUUUAUCACUGUUUUAGAGAAUGUGGAAUUAAAGUAAGGAGUAAGUAAAGUAAGGAGCACAAUGAGCAGCAAAAAUUUAUAUAUUAUGAUAAAUCCUAUCAUAACAUGGUGAUACUAUACUAAAAAUAAGAAGAAAAAGUGCAUACUAUAUAUGUAUAAGAAUUUUCAAUCACAUUCCCGCCGCUAUUAAGACGCUUUCCGAUGCCGAGUUUAAGAACAA